GAUUUAACGAUUACCCGUCUAUUGGUUCCAGGCACAGGACGAGCGAGUGUGGUUCAGUUGAUAGACUACCAUAGUUGAGCUCUUAAAUCUUCAACCAGGUUUCAAGUUUCCUUCUCAGUGUACUAAGGUCCCUGUUUCUCCCCGAAAAUGCAUCCUCCUUUGACAUUACACAGGCACCCAAUGUGUGCUGAAAUUAUCGAACAGUUCCAAAAGUGUCAUGUUGACCAUCCUGUUGCAAAAUUCUUUGGAGAGUGUACAGACCUGAAAAUUAAGCUCGACCGCUGUUUCAGGGAAGAAAAAGCCUUGAAGCGAAAGGAGAACUUUGAGCAGAGUAAGAAGCUGAAGGAGAGGCUACAAGCACACAGGAUGGAAACUGCUGAGAAAAGCCAAGACUAAGUACUACAUUUGUGCAAAGUGAUAAUAAGAGGCUUAGGUCAAAACUGUGAAUACUAUUUUUUGUACAAGUAUUCAAACAUCA